AUGAGGCAUGUAUUCGAAGCCGAUGCCUAUUCCUGGGUCAAGCAUCUAAGGGCCGCUGGCGCCUUCAUACGCAAUUAUAUGCAGAAGUGCAAGGCCCCAGAUACGGCCACGCGCAUGCUCUUCGACAUCUUUUUAUAUCACAAUGCCCUCGCUCUGAUCUCUACCAAACAAUCUGAGCUCUUCAUGGAUAUCUAUACAGACAACAAAUGGUGCGCUCUUCAAGGUCAGCGAACGGCAUUCCUCGCGUCCGUUGACACUCUGCUCUCUCUUGUCGCUCGUUUAUCAAUUUUCGCAACACAAUCGGAUACAUAUAGUUCCGAUGAUGAGCGGAAUCUACAUCUUUCCGCUAUCCGACGCGAAUUACAACUCUGGUUUCCUCCGGAAGGUAUUUGCGAUGAUGCUCGUCAUACCGCGGAGGCAAUGCGGCAUGCUGCACUUCUAUAUCAUUAUCAAAUAGCCUCCACAGACGAUGCUUCAAAGGCCAUCACAAGAAGUUAUCGAGCCAUAAUCCGUCAUAUUGGUCAGGUUUCGGUCUCCAGUCCGUCAGUUGCCAGUCACGUCUGGCCAUUGUAUAUGGCCGGGACGACGUGUCAGGAAGUGACUGGAGGAGAUGACCGAACGUUCAUCAGAGAUCGCCUGUCGCAGAUGAGGGCUUUCAGGAGCAUCAAGAGCAUCGACCGGGUCCGUGAGACCCUAGAGCAGCGAUGGGCAGAUCCCAGGGUGGGCAGUAAUGCCGAAGCCCCGUUGAUUCUCUUCUGA